GUAUCAGCCCAGGCCAGGGUAGUGAUUGUGAAGACAGUGCAUUCAUCGCUUUUGCACCAGAGUUUGGUCACGUGUGUAGGGGACAUUUACCCAAACGGGUUUCCUCCAUCGUCCAUGGUUGCCCUGCAGCGGAGGCAGCGAUUCCCCGACAUCGAACUUCCAGCACGCCUGAAGUGAAGGUCCUUCAGAAUUAACAAUGGAUGCAGACUUGGUGAAAAUCGAGCAAAUGGUUAUGAAGGGUGAAGAGAUCGAGCAAAUGGUUAUGAAGGGUGAAGAGAUCACGUCCACGGAUCCUCCUGCUGAUGUUAAACUAGAAGAACCUUACCGGGCGAUUGUCAUCCCACAGCCACCUCCUGUCAUACAACCAUACCAACAUGAGAGUCUGCAAUGCUUCCAGUGUUUCAUUACCUUCUGUAACUCCAAAGCCAAAGAGAGGCACAUGAAGAAGAGUCACCGCGAAGAGUACAAGCAACAGCUCCAGCAGUGUGACACACUCUUCACGUGCUAUGUGUGUGACCGCACCUUCCCAUCUUCUGAGGAGCUGACCCAGCAUCAGUCCACACAUAACAAGGAGGACAAGCCCUUCAAGUGCACCUGUAAAGAGAGUUUCCGCACCUUUUCUGAGCUAACCAGUCACAGGCGGCAGGUGUGCCCAGAGCGCCAAUUCCUGUGCAAAGACUGUGGGGUGACUUUCCGCAGUCCCGCGUUACUGCGGAACCACCGGCUGGCAGUCCACCCGACUGAUGUGGCUCCAUCGCUGUUCCAUCGCUGUGCCAAAUGCAAUGCGGGCUUCAACACUGAGUCCGAGCUCCUGCAGCACCAGGAGAACCACGCGGGCGACGAGCACUGCAACGGAGGCCCGUCUGCCAAGCGACCCCGCGGCAGACCGCCCAAAACGGACAGCGCCGCCGGCGGAGCAGAGAAGCAGCAGGUAAAGCGGAAGAAGAAGGACGAAGCAGCAGCAGCAGCAGCAGCAGCAGAGGGAGGGAAGGACGAGGAGGAGGAGGCCUCCAGUGGGGCAAAACAGGCCAAGCCCAGGAAGAAGAAGGCCGAGGCUGAAGAGGGAAAGACUGAGGAGGCGGGGGACGAGACGGAGGCCGGUGCCGCUGGCACGGAGGCAUCCUCACCAGCCACGGCUAAGCCGGCUAAAGCAGACAGUGGAGGUGCCAGAAGAGGACGACCCCCGAAGUCCACGCCGAGCGCCAAAGCCGAGGAGAAGAAGCCUGUCCCGCGGAAAGCCCACCCGUGCGGGGAGUGCGAGGAGAGCUUUGCGCGGCCGGAGCAGCUGCAGGCUCACAUGACCCGCGUCCACACGGCCGGUCGCCACGCCUGCCCCACCUGCGGCAAGAGCUUUGGCCGCGAGAGCAAUCUGAAAGCGCACCAGCAGAGCCACACCAAAGAGGAGGAGGAGGAGAAGAAGAAGCCAGCAGGAAGGGGGAAGAGAUAAUUCCUGUUCUGGUGGUGGUGGUGGUGGUUAGGUGUGUGGCAUGAGAGGAUAAGGGAGACAAGCUUUUUUGUUUUGUUUUUGUAACAAAGGCCCGGCAUUUUUAUUGUUAAUGUAAGUGAUAUGGAACAGAAUGUGGUGGUUUUUAGUUGAAUAGUCUUCAACCGUUUGUCGCUUUUCAUGAAUGUUGCACUGUCGUCAAAUUACUUUUUAAGCAAGGUUUUAUUCUGGACUCAGCCCACAAAGCUAGUGCCGUGCAGGCAGUGGGUUAUGCCUGUGGAACUUACUGGUGUGGGAUGGGGAUGCAGGCUCACAGCAUCCAUCUGAGCACAGCAAGAUAUUACUGGGUCAAGCUUGCUUGGCUUACUCUCACAUUACAUCAGUCAUUCAGAGAUAAAAAGCAAUGUCCUCCUCAAGAGUAAAAGAUACAAUGGAAAAUGUUGUAUUUUAAUUAUGAUUUUUAAUUAAUAUCUUUUGAGUAAGAUGGGUCUUUUUUUAAUAAGUGUGUGUAGAGGCAGCAGGUACAUGUUGCCUUUGAUUCUGUUUUUUUUUCUUCUUUUCAUUUUGCCUUUUGUAUUAGAGAAGGUGACAAGGAGAGGUUACCUUUGUCCAGAAGACUGCCUUCUGUUCAGCAUUUGUUUGUUAAAAUCAUUAUGUACAUGGCAUUCAUUGAGUGGUGGUUUAAGUGAUUUAAUUUUGUGUUUUGUGUUUAAUAACAAACUAAAGUAUGUGAUUUUAUUUACUGAAGAAAAAACCUCAUUAUGGGAUGUUAACUUGUUGAAAUAAGCAUCUUUUUUUGUAAUUGAUUGAUGCCUUUUUAAACAAGGGUCUAACCCAAGACGCAAGUUGAUUGUUCAAGAUAAUUAUAAUUUCCCCCCUGAUAAUGUGCUGAGGUUAAAAGCAACAUGGACAAUGGUCUUGGUGGAAUUCACCCAGUGCUAUUGCUGCCAAAUACCAAGAAUACAAUGUUAUGUUUGGUCUAAGAUUGGCUCUCCCCAUGAAAUUGUCUGUGUAUUUACAGUUUUUACAGUCUAUCAACCUGGUAAAUGUCUUAUUAAAAGGAAAUUGCCCCAGGGGAUGCUACAGA